CCCUUCCCCUUGAUCCCAUCUUAGUUCUCUUGUCAAGACGAACUAAGGUCGUGAAAUUCGAUUUUCUAGUUUUCCGGGAGUGCUUUUAAUUUACUAUGGCGACUAAGAGGUUUUUGAAAUCCUCUGUGAACUGGGCAGCACUCGCCGAAAGAAUGGCCGACUCCCCCCAGAAGCCCGAAUUUCUUGCUUUUAAAGCAAAAUGUGAUUCAUACUUCCAGAAAGUUGCAGCGCUCCCAGAUGAACCCCCAAAAAUUGACUGGAAACAAUACAAAUCAGUAUCACCGGAAAUAGUUGAUUCCUUCCAAAAGCAAUAUGAAUCUUUCAAAGUUCCCUACCCAGAAGACAAGUACAGCCAUAUCUAUGAUAGUGCGGCAGAAGAAUCGAAAGUUACGGUGGAAAAAUUUCAAGCUUUCUGUCGCCUAGGUAUUAGUCGAGCAAAUGAGCACUUGACCAUCUGGAAAGCGAUGCCACCAAUAGAAUCCAUGUCCCUCGGAGAAUUUGGUGAAUGGCUCCCCACCUUUUUGCCUGAUUUUGUCGAGAGACCAACAUUCUGGCCCCACACACCAGAAUUCCAGCUCACUGAGCAAGAUGAAGAAGAAUGGCGACAAAAAUUAGCAGGAAUAGAGAAGGGUGAACAUUAAUUUUUAAUUUUGUUAGGUAGUGCUUUUCCUUCCUUUUUUUUCUAAUUAUUGCUUUUGUUGUUAUCAAUUGUUGAAAAUUUCUUAGUCAGCGUUAAUUGCUUUAAGGUUAUCAGGUAAGAUCCUGUUUCUUGUCUGAAGUAAGCUAUAAACACUGGCAAUAAUAUGUUCAAAUAUCUUUGCUAUGUCCAAGAAAAAAAUUCAAGGCAUUGUAUAUUGUAAUUAGAUAAAAAAUAAAAAGAAUUCCGUAAAGUAA